UUUUUCUCUCUUAUUCAAUAUAGUUGGAUACUCAUGAUUCAGCUCGAAAUUACGGGAGAACAACUUGAUGAGUCAAUUGAAUAAUAAAGCCAAUAUUGAUGAUGCCCUCUUCCUUCUGCAACAUCCUGUUCACCAAACUCAAUCAACAAUUACAGCUUAGCUAGCCUCGAUCUCCCUCUUGUUGAAUUCCCCUACCCCAACCAAAACCCUUUGUCGGAACACAAAAAACAAAUGAUGUCUGGUUGGAUGCAAGACACAGCAGAAGAACAAAACUCUGCUUCUGCUUCAUGGCCAAACUCAAACGCCAACAACGAAUUAAGCUGCGUGUCAUUGUGUGCUUACAAACCGAUCUCCUCCCAGAUCCAUGAAGCAGAAUGGCGGCACGUGCCCAACAACAUAACACAUACCAACGUUGCUGCUUCUGAUAAUUAUAAUCUGCUUCAACAACCAUUGCACCCUACUAACCUCAACUUUCUCACUCCCAAGCCCACCUUUUACCCUUUGGAGAUGAGUUCCGAUGUGGGAUUUCUUGACCCUCAAGCUUCCUUCACUUCGAAAACUGAUGGUGAUGUCUUCUUGAGCUCAAAUAAUAACCUUUUAACCCUUCCAAAUAUGAGCUCAAGCAUGUGUGUGGUGUCCCCCCAACCCCAACAACAAGGAAGUGUUGUUGGAUUUUCGGGUUUCAAGAAUAUUAUGGGCUCUGAUCAUGAUCACGUGGUGGAGGGUUCUAGAAAGGCCUUGCUUCUGAGCUGCAGGUCCAGCAUACUCAGACCCCUUGAAUCGUUGCCCCCAUCAGGUUCACAGCCAACACUUUUUCAAAAGAGAGCAGCACUUAGGAAAAACUUGGCCGUGGCUGAUGAUAACUGCAAAGGCAAGAAGAGUGAAGUACUCAUUGAUAGUAAGAAGAGGGGAACGUGUAAUAAUGUUGGAGAAGGUGUUGAAGGUGGGAGUUUUGAUGGGUCGGGGUUGAAUAAUUAUGAUUCUGAUGAGAUCAGUGAUGACAACAAUAAGAUGGAAGAGAUUAGUGCAAGGAACGGUGGAAACAGCUCAAAAGCCAAUAGCACCGUCACCGGCAGCGGCGUGGAUCAAAAGGGCAAGAAGAAGACAGGAAUACCUGCAAAGAAUUUGAUGGCUGAACGCCGUCGAAGGAAGAAACUCAAUGAUAGACUCUACAUGCUGAGAUCCGUUGUUCCCAAUAUUAGCAAAAUGGACAGGGCUUCAAUCCUUGGGGAUGCAAUCGAGUAUUUGAAGGAACUUCUGCAAAGGAUCAGUGAGCUUCACAAUGAAUUGGAGUCAACACCAGCAGGUGGCUCUUCAAGCUUUCUUCAUCAUCCUUUGACACCCACUACUCUACCAGCCCGUAUGCAAGAAGAACUUUGUCUCAGCUCGUUGCCAAGCCCUAAUGGCCAUCCUGCUAAUGCUAGGGUUGAGGUUGGGUUGCGCGAAGGAAGAGGUGUAAACAUCCACAUGUUUUGCGACCGGAAACCCGGACUCUUGCUCUCUACCAUGACGGCUCUCGACAACCUUGGACUAGACAUUCAGCAGGCAGUUAUCAGCUAUGUCAAUGGAUUUGCUAUGGAUAUUUUCAGAGCUGAGCAACGCAACGAAGGUCAGGAUGUCCAUCCGGAACAAAUCAAAGCGGUUUUGUUGGAUUCAGCUGCUGGCUUCCAUAGCAUGUCCUAAUUGCAAAAAACAAACUACUACUGAAAAUACCUUUUCAAUUAGUCAAUUUAGCAAUCUUAAUGUUUUUAACGCUCAAAAUUCAACUGUACUAUAUACAGGCUCUUUUAACUUCUGCUCAGUUGAAUUAGGAGAAAAUUUAUUUUACCAAUUAAAAGCACUACUAUUUUUGGCGCCUGUUGCAUAUUCAAAGUGAAACGAAAUUUGAUGAUGGCCUCCACUCAGUUUAGCGACAUUCUGAAUAUGCAUAUGUUGAUGUCAAGCUUGUUUCUACAA